AUGAACAGGUAUAAUCUCCUCUGCAUCGUGUAUGCAUGCCUAGGGUCUGUGUUCUAUGGCUACGACUCUGGUUGCACGACAUCCGUCCUGGGCUAUCCAGCAUUCCUCGAAUAUUUCAACUUGAACUCCGUCACCAUUGGGGCUUUUGGCUCGGCCUACUAUGGAGGUCACGUCUUGGGGGCGUGCCUGAACUUCUGGUUGCCGAACAAGAUUGGGCGUCUCCGGACGAUCCAGAUCGCUUGUGUCAUCUCCUUCCUAGGGAUUUCCAUGCAAGUCGGGGCGUCUUCAUUCCCCGUCUUCUGUGCAGGCCGAAUCAUCGGUGGAACGGCCACAGGUAUUAUGUUUUGUUUGUGUCCAACCUACGUUUCGGAGCUCAGCCCUCCCCAUAUAAGAGGUAGAGUCGGUGGUCUAUACGCAUUUAACGGCAACUUUUCGUAUAUGUUCACCGAGUGGGUGGGUCUCGGCUGCUUCUUCUUGAAGUCCAAUGCUUCAUGGCGCUUAUUGCUGGGUGGGCAGCUGGUACCUUCAGUGUUGAUGCUGGGACUGUCUUUUUUCAUGCCAUUUUCACCACGAUGGCUUGCUCUCAAAGGCCGUUACGAAGAGUGUCUGCAAGUCCUUAAACGCAUGCAUGGGGACAUGCACGAUGAUACAUUUUAUCUCAAGGAGUAUCACCAGAUCAAAGCACAGAUUGAACUAGACAAGAAAGAGCACCUAGGACCUUCGGCAAUCUGGAGAGUGCCCUCUUACCGAAAGCGCAUCUUCUUGGUGUGCAUGUUUGCCUUUUGCUCUCAACUCACUGGAGAAAUCCCACUCCAAAACUACCAGGUCAUCCUCUUUGGCAAGUUGGGUCUGAGCCAGGUCAUGUCCCUGGUCCUGACCGGGAUAUGGGGCUCGGUAGGAGUGUGCUCUGCAAUCUACGCCGGGUACUUAUCCGACAAGCUUGGAAGGCGAAAGAUCAUUUAUAUAAUGUACUUCUUUGUGCUCAGUGGAUCUCUGAUUUCUGUGGUACUGUGGUCUCGUUUCGAGGCUGGAGGAAGCACCAAUCGAGGCCUCGGCCGAGGCGUUAUUGUUGGCAUGUUCAUGGUCCAAUUCGGUUAUGCUGGUCCAGCUAAUGUGUUCAUGCCUGCGGUGAGUUUCAAAUCCUUAAGUCCCAGUGGUGGCGGUAGAGUUCACAGUAUCUUCUCUUUUCUCUACAAACGCAACGGGAAACAAAAUAGCAAGAACGCGGAAACAACAGAAUGCCAGACUGACCACGACCCAAUCUUCCAGUACUCAUCCGAGAUCAUGCCAACGGCGAUCCGGUCCAUUGGAGUGGCAGCGACAUUUGCAUGUCUGCACGCCAUAAUCAUCCUCCUUGUCCAGGUCACACCGCUCGCCAUCGACGCUAUUUCGUGGAAGUACUUUUUAAUCUUUUUGAUCGGGUCGACGAUAUACUUUAUAUUCUUCUGCUUCGCGUAUCCGGAGACGAAGAACAUGACUCUCGAAGAGAUCGAGGCGGUAUUUGGGGACAAGGUAGCAGAAACACUCGAAGAAGCUGGGCAGCAUCUGGAGGAGGUUUAUGAAGACAGAGCCUACAGUGAGAAGAUGUAG